AUGGGAAGCCUAAACCUCAAAGGCGACAGAGGCAUGACCGACCUAGAGACCGGUGUCCACAUGAUUUUUGGGGGAACCAACGUUUCCCGAGGACCCGUGUCCAAACGAACAAGAACGUCUACUACAAAAGAGGGACUGUCCCGAGAACGCUUACACAAAGAUACCCUCAUAUUCAGCAAAGAGGAUCUCGAGGAUAUGAUGGAACCGCACAACGACGCGCUAGUAAUAUCGUUUCUCUCAAACAAUACCAGGAUAAAGCACGUGCUCAUGGAUCCAGGCAGCUCGGUCAACAUAAUCGGGUCAGAAGUAGUAGAACAGCUGGGACUACUCGACCAAGUUAUUCCCACUCCUCGAGUCCUCCAUGGCUUCAACAUGAUCAGAGAAGAAACGAAGAGAGAGAUCACCCUCCCGAUCAACACGUCUGGCACAACCCAGAACACCGAGUUUCAGGUCAUCGACGGUGACAUGAGAUACAACGCCUUACUUGGCAGACCUUGGAUACACAACAUAAGGGCAGUGCCCUCGACCUUGCACCAGGUGAUAAGGUUUCCCACAAGGGAUGGCGUCACAACCAUACAUGGAGAAAAGCAGGCGGCGAAGGAAAUUUUCGUGGUACACGACGAGAUGCCAACCUCCACAUGCCCGGCCUCGGACGAGGAAGGAAGCGUGUAG